AAAAUCACUCCCACAGUGAAGCCGGUUCGCUAACACAUCGUACGUAUUUACAGUUCAACAAAUGUUCUAACUUUUUCACAUGUGACAAAAAACGGUCACUUAACUGGUUAAUAAUAUUCUAGAACUUUUAGUAAUGAUUUUGUAAGCAUUUGUGUUGUUAAAGAUUUACAUAAAUUUUGAUUUAGUGUAACUAAGUGUAUUUUGAAACUAGGUUAAUAUAGUUGACUGUUGUUUUAAUUUAGUAGCGACCGUUGACCGCUGCUUAAAUUGAUAUAAAGUUGAAACAUUGAGUCAUGUUAGAUGCACUAAAAUGGAGUCCUUGCCUAAGCAGUUCGUAACAGCUAUGCGAACACUUUUUGAUAUAAUGGACGAUAAACAUACGGGCUGUGUAAAACUUACGGAUAUUGAAAAUCGUUGGCGCGACGAUCGUACUAAAGGUUUACCCCGUGGUGUUAUUGAAAGUUUACAGAAGGUAGCUUCACAUGAUGGUUUGUUAACUUUCGAAUCAUUCUGCACUGGCCUAAAAAUAUGUUUAUUACGAAACCAAGUCCAAAACGCUACCAAAAAAGGAAGUAGUAUGGAUGAAAUAGAAAAUUCUGUAAUGCAUUCCCAAGUAAGCGCUCAAGUACACCGUCCGCCCUCCGCUCCGUUACUAGACAUUAAUAGUACACAAAAUCGGGAUAGAAAUUGGAUGCAAAGGAAUCCAGAAACCUCGACUCACGGCCAACAUAGGACGCAAAGUAUGCCCCAAUUGAUUGAAGACAAGGAUAACCCAUUACCAGAUUUAAUGCACAACGUAGGUACAGCGAUAUCUAAACACGAUAAUACUCAACGGAUGUAUGGUCCUCCGAAACCACCGAGGCUGGAAAAGAAUCAACUCGACAGAAAAGAAAGUGAGCCUUGGAAUGAAGCGCAUCAGGAACGACUGGAACUACUGAAGGCGCGAGUGUUAGAGCUAAAUAGGCAAUUGGGCGCACUAGCCGCGGGUUGGCGCCAUGGCCCGCUGUCCUUGCACAUGAACCUUGCGCUGCCUACAAGCCUCCAAAACUCGCCUCCCAGUACACCAAAUAAUGCCGCGGUCCUCAGAUCUCAGAACCGCAUGCUAGCUGAGGAAGUGAAUCGCAAAAACGAACGAAUUUCUGUACUGGAAAGAGAAAAAUCUGCACUUAUUAGAGAGUUAUUGGUGCAAAGAAACCGGACAAAAAUUAUGGAUAACUAUAAUUAAUAUCAUUUAUAAUCAACAUAAUAUAAUUAUAUCACCACUAACACUUUAUUAUAAUAACAUACCCAAUUGUGUCAUAAUAAGUUAAAAAUCCAAAUAUAAAAUGUAUUGAUUAGUGCCAUUGCAAGUAAAUUUGGGGGUGUGGUUAUGACAAUAAAAAAAUUUAUGUUA